ACACGAGCCGUCGCCCGAUGCACCCGCACCACGUAAAAAGAUGCACACGUCUCGGUCGCCCGCUCGACGCACCGCACACCCUAGCAUAGGAGGCAAAGAAGUACAGAGGGAGGAGGCGGGCAGCAGAUACGCGGCGUGACAGACACCCAGGGCCAGGAAGGGUGCUGUUUAUCCAUGCUGCUCCGGCUGAAGAUCGUCGUCGGCGUCCACUCGGUGGUGCUCCCGGUUCCUGUUCCAGGCGGCUAUGGCCAUGGCGCCUGCUACGCGGCAGUAGAGCCCUGCUGGCGCCGCAGCCGGAGGCCAGCGCUAGCGGCGGCGGGUGGCCUCGUCGCGAGGCGGCCGAGGCAGAGCGCCACGGUGGUGAUGGCGCUGAAGGAGGAGCCGGAGGGCAGCAGCCGCCGCGGCUUCGCCGGCGGCGGUCCGAGCUGGGACCCCGGGCUGGAGAUCCAAGUCCCCUUCGAGCAAAGACCGGUGAACGAGUACUCUGCUCUCAAGGAUAGCGCCCUCUACUCGUGGGCGGAGCUGAGCCCAGGGUCCUUCUUCCUCCGCCUCGGCGGCCUGUGCCUCGUGACCUUCACUGUGCUCGCGGCUCCAAUUGCCGCCGCAAGCUUCAAUCCAGGAAAGGAUCCACUCAAGUUCGUGCUAGCAGCUGGGAUCGGGACGCUGCUUCUGGUGUCACUGGCGGUUCUCAGGAUAUACCUGGGGUGGAGCUACGUUGGUGAUCGCCUGCUGUCAGCGGUGGUACCGUACGAAGAAACCGGAUGGUACGACGGCCAGAUGUGGGUGAAGCCACCAGAGGUGUUGGCCCGUGACAGGCUCCUGGGAUCUUACAAGGUGAAGCCGGUGGUCAACCUGCUGAAGCAGACGCUGGUGGGCACCGGCGCGCUGCUCGUGGGCGCCGUGUCGCUCUUCGCGUUCGCCGCGCCGGUCGAGGACUUCCUCCACGCCCUGAGCCAGCCUCCCUCCUCCGCCACCGCCUCGUCCAAGCCGAGCUUGAGGUGCGCGGCCGUCACGUACUCACGUGUGCCCACGGUCCACGGCGAACAUAUGCUGCAAGCAAAGCUCUUUGCAUGGAAGGAGGAGCUGCUGCGGCUACCAGUCGAGGUGAUGCAGGACGACGACCUCGCUGCGGCCGCGGCCGAGGCCGCCGACGGCCGGCCCGUCUACUGCAGGGACCGCUACUACCGGGCCCUCGCCGGCGGUCAGUACUGCAGGUGGGACGACCUGCUCAACUGAUAAAUACCUAGAGCAGUAUUGCUGUGGUACGACGCGGCAGGACAGGACGUAUUUUUUUUGUCAGAUGGGAAAUUUCGGACUGAACUGCUAGAAAUUGAGUUCUUAAUGGCACACAAGCAUAAGGAACAGCAAGAAAAAGCAACACAGAAUCAGAGAAAAAACAAGAGUUUAUAUAUUCACUUUUCUCUCUUUGUUUCUGGAGUUACAUCUGGUCUUUCCGUUUCUUGAGUUACCUCUGAUCUUUUUGUUUCUUGAGUUACAUCUGUAGAGAGUGACCUUUUAUUUACAGCAAAGGAUGCAAGGGUUAAUACACAUUACAGUGUGUACUUCUCAGUUUCUCCCCUCUAACUAAUUUUGCCA